AUGCAGAACGUCUCUUCACAGCAGCACUUUAUCCUGAAUGGUUUUGCAGAACUGGGCGACCUGAGGCCGGUCCUCUUCGUCCCGUUCCUCCUCAUGUUCAUCGUGGCUCUGCUGGCCAACUCUCUGCUGGUUUAUGUCGUCGUUUCUCAAAGGAGCCUUCAUCAGCCUAUGAGCAUCCUCAUCGCCGGCAUGGCUUGUGUUGAUCUCUGCCUCCCAGUGUUCUUUGUUCCCAAAAUGUUGCUCAGCUUCCUGUUUGACUGGAAGGGGAUCUCUCUGAUUGGCUGCCUGGUUCAGAUGCACUUCAUUCACUUCUUUGGAGCGUUUCAGUCCACCAUCCUGUUGUGGAUGGCUCUGGAUCGAUACUUUGCUAUUUGUACGCCACUUCACUACCAUGAACUGAUGGCGCUGCAGAGAUUCCUGAAGUUUAUCGUCCCACUGGUUGUCAGAAACAUGCUCCUCAUCUCUCUGUUUGUGAGUUUGGCAGGAAAGCUGUCGUUCUGCAGGAAUGUGAUGAACCACUGUUUCUGUGAGCACAUGGCCUUGGUGGAGCUGGCCUGUGGCUCCACCGCCAUCAACAACCAUGUAGGUCUGCUUACCGUCUUCCUCAUCCCUGUGUUUGACUUCUUGUUUAUCGCUGCAUCUUACAUUCUGAUAAUCAGCACCAUGUUGAGGUCCAGCAGCACCAGCGUCAAAGCAUUACACACCUGCAUCACUCAUGCAAUGGUGAUCACGGUUAGCUUAGCCGUGGCUCUCAUUGCUUUACUUUCAUAUCGGAUAAAGAAUGAACUUCCUGCAGCUGUCCGAGUUUUCUUCAGCACCAUGUACCUGUUGUUCCCGAGCUGCUUCAACCCGAUCAUCUAUGGCAUCAGAACCACUGAGAUCAGGCAGCACAUGCUAACGACGCUGACGCACUGGAAACGAUUGGUCCAAACUGAACCUUCGUGUUCCUAA